AUGACCUCUGUGGUUGCAAAAUUGACUGGGAGAGCUCUGGACAUAUUCAGUAAGAUACCUAUUGAUGAUGCUUCAAACUAUGGUAAAUUUAAGGAACUGGUUUUGAAACAGUUUCAGAUUACACCUGAAACCUACAGGGUUAAAUUCAGAAAUCUUAAGAGGAGAUCUGGAUUGAAUAAUGUGGCUUAUGCAAUUGAAAUGAGGGAUUUGUUAGACAAGUGGGUGACGGGGAAAGGCAUUACAAGCUUUGAAGAAAUGUGUUGUUUAAUUACUCAGGAACAGUUCCUGAAUAUGUGCAAUGAUGAUAUAAAACCGUAUUUGUGGGACAAAAAGGUGGGUGAAUUAGCUGGGUUUGCAGACUCUUAUGAGCAGUCACAAGCUGCAAUUAAACACAAACCACUGGCAGAGGGAUACAGGGUUGGGGGAAAGCAGAAUCACCGUUUUACCCCUGGGAAAAAGGAGGCUGGGUGUUCACCUCCCCACUCCCCUGUUACUCACCUCAGGUCUCCUGGACAACCAGAGGAGCCCAGAAGGUGCUUUCACUGUAAUUCCCCAGGGCACCUGAAGAGCAGCUGCCCUAAAUUAAAGGAGGGUAAACCUCCCUUGUCCCAUGCUGGCUUGGUUGCCCUCAGCUCUGAGGCCCCAGAGGGCAAUCCCACCUCUUAUCACACCAGCUUGGCGGACACAGGGCCUAGUGAAGUGGACAGGGAACACAUUAAGGAUAUCAAGAUUGAUGGCACGAAGUGUCUGCAGUGGAGGGAUACUGUGGCUCAGUUCUCUCUGGUUGGACCAAGUGUGGUUCCAAAUGCUAGUGUUUUGAUGGGGCAGAUGACCCACAUUAAGGGGUGGGGCCAGAAAGGUUCCCUGUACCCCGGCAAAGGUUCAUGUGGACUGGGAACGUAUGGAAGGUGAUUUACUGGUGGGGAUGCUCAAGGACAUCCCCGCGGACAUGUUGCUGGGAAAUGAUUUUUCAGCAACACUAGGACUGUUAGUGUGGUAACUUGCAGCAUGAAGAAAGGAAGUGAGGGACUCCUAGAGAGGGAGGAGAGAGCACUGUCUGUCAAUGAGGCAGCUGUUCUAGCUGAUGAUUGUAGGUCUGACGCAGCCCAGCUAACACAUCCUACCCCAGGGAACGUGGAGUAGGUGACUCGGAGGGAAUCCCCAGAAAUGGGGCGGGGACCUUGGAACCUAUAGAGGAGGUGGGGGAGGGUCCUAUUGACAGGCCAAUGCAGGAAGGUGGGGUGCUUCCAAGUAUGGGAGAGGCAGAGCCAGGCCUCUGCCUGGCUGAAGAUGACAGGCUCCCAGGGGUGGGGGCAGGGGAGAUGAAAUCAGUGCCCAGGGUUGGGGAUGUUAUCUCAAGGGUUGUCUGUCAGGAAUUUGUAGGUAAACAAAGGGCUGACCCCUCCCUUGAGGGCAUAAAAAAGUGUGUCUCGGAGGGAACUCCAGGAAGGGAGUGGAGGAGAAGUUUUUUGAAGAGGACGGGAAACUGUAUAGGGAGGCCCCUGUAGGGAAGAACCGAGACCCCAGCCAACCCUAUAAGCAGUUGGUUGUACCCAGCCAACACCAAAAGGAAUUAGUGCUGGUAGCGCACGAUAGUCCCUUUGCUGGUCACUUGGGGUACAGAGGACUUAUGACAGGUUAAGGAGGAAUUUCUACUGGCCUGGGAUACAGAAUGAUGCAAGGGAUCAUUGUAGAACUUGUGUGGUGUGUCAGGAGAGGAAGAAACCGGUGGGACCCCAGAAGGCUCCGCUGCGUCCCUUGCCUGUCAUUCAGGAGGCAUUCCAGAGGGUGGCAAUGGACAUAGUGGGUCCUAUGUCUCUCCCCACUUGGAGGGGAAACAAGUAUAUCUUAGUUGUGGUAGACUUCACCACUCGGUAUCCUGAGGCAAUCACACUGUCUAACAGAAGCUGAAACAGUGGCAAGAGCCAUGCUCACUAUAUUCAGCAGAGUGGGCUUCCCUCAGGAGAUUUUGUCUGAUCGGGGGGCAAAUUUUAUGUCGCAGUUGUUCAAUGAGCUAUGGAAGGUGUGUGGAGUGAAACAGCUUAAGACGGCCCUCUACCAAUCCCAGGCUAAUGGGCUGGUGGAAAGGUUCAGUGGGACCCUAAAAUCCAUGCUGGGGAUGUAUGCCCAGAAAAGGGGCCAGAGUUGGAUGAGUUGUUGUUGUUCCUGCUGUAUGCCUAUAGGGAGGUGCCCCAAGAGUCUACAGGAUUUUCCCCAUUUGACCUUCUGUAUGGGAGGAAAGUGAGGGGACCCCUCAAUCUCAUCAGGGAUACCUGGGAAGGAUGCACCACGGUGAGGAAAGAACGCAUGACUGAGUAUGUUCAGAGGUUCAGGAGGGAGUUGAAGGACAUGAUGGAGAUUGUCCAAAACAAUCUCCUUUGCAGUAAGGCUAAGCAAAAGGUGUGGUAUGAUAAAAAAAAUACUUGUAUACGCACUUUUGACAUAGGAGAUUUGGUCAUGGUACUCAGCCCUGCAAAAAAGUUCAAAAUGUAAAACUCCUGGGAGGGGCCGUUUGAAGUGGGGGAAGU